GUUUGUGGUGAUUUGCGCUUAGCGGAUGAUGCAGAUUGCAAAAAUAGACUCUGGUCAGCUACCCUUCCUUCAUAGCUCGCUAGUGUUGUGAUAGAGGGAGAACCAGAACGUACAUAUACUAGAUAACGCGCGAACGAUCGUCUACCGCCGCCGGAGCAAUCGUCAUCGGUUGGGAUGGACUUCCUGCUUGGAGGAUUCGCGGCGACCUGCGCCGGGCUGUUCAGUAAUCCCUUCGACGUCAUCAAGACCCGGCAGCAGUUGCAGGGUGAACUGAUGGACGCUGCGUCCAAGACGCAACGCAAUCCAUACAGAUCGAUCUUCAAGUCCAUAGAAUCGAUCCUCAAGGCGGAAGGCAUAUCCGGGCUGCAGAAAGGGCUUGUAUCGGCUUUGGCGUUCCAAUUCACGAUGAACAGCAUCCGGUUAGGGAUCUACCAGACGGCGGAGAACUACGAGUGGACUCGAGGUAGCAGCAAGUUCGGCACGUUGAUGUACUCGAUCUACUGGGGUGGGUUCAGUGGAGUGAUCGGAGCGACGGUGGCCUGCCCGCUCUACAUGAUCAAGACGCAGAUUCAGGCCACCUCGCACGGGAAGUACGCCGUCGGUUUCCAGCACAAUCACACGGGAACGAUGGACGCCUUGGCCGGGAUUUACCGGACCUACGGUAUCAAAGGCCUGUGGCGGGGCUAUCCGGGAAUCGUGACGCGUACGGCCGUGGGAUCGUCAGCACAGCUGGCGACCUUCUCCAGCUUUAAGGAUUUCUUUGUGCAGUUUGAGUUCUUCCAGCAGUCGGUGGCGUUUACGGCGUUCGCUGCCAGCAUGUUCAGUGGGUUCUUUUGCUGCGUGUUUAUGUCGCCGUUCGAUGUGAUUGCAACGAGGCUGUUUAAUCAAGGUGUGGACGCCAACGGGCGGGGCAUGCUCUACCGCAGCGUGUGGGACUGCUUCAGUAAAACCCUGCGCGCAGAAGGUCUGCACGGCCUGUACAAGGGCUUCGUACCGAACUACUGGCGUAUCGCUCCGCACACGAUCCUCAAUCUGACGUUCUGGGACCAGUUCAAGAGCUGGAAGGAUUUGUACUACUGAUUGAACGGCGCGCGCGUUCGUGCGAGUUCUGAGCACGGUUCUGGGAUAUUAGCUGUUAGCUGCACAUGGUGCUGUAAAAGGAUAUUUUUUUUUUAUAAUUUCAAAAUAGCUGUAAUUUUGUUGACUAAUUAGAUAAGGGCGCUAUCGAAUCGAACAACAAAUGACAAAGCGUAGCUUAAGCGAUGAUAUUUGUAAAUUAGGAUGGUAAAAGCUUGUUGAUCAAACGAAAUAAAAGUGGAAACGCAAUGUGAGAA